AUGACUAGCAGAUCUGUCACUGUUACCAAGCGCUAUAAUGAGCCCAUUUCAAUGCGACAGAGUUCAUUGCAAUUCAUGCAGGAGAAGCAAGCGACCCAUCAGUCUGCAUACAAUGCAGAGACAGAAAGGUCGAGCUGCAUGAAGAAGCUCGCUUACCACUUUGUCACAUUAUGCCUCUUCACCAAAAGUGACAUGCCCACUUCCACCGGCAUCAAUACCACGUUCGCCAUCGCAGGGAUCCUAGCUGGUCCUGGCACCAUCAGUAAUGCCGACAUUGUGUGGCAUGAUAUGGGUAAGGGCAUUCUCGUUGCUCUCUACUUCACCUGGCACUUGACCCUCUGUUUCAAUCUCGGAAAUCAGCGUCAGCCGCAGUCCGUCAUUGAGGAUGGCGUCAACAAGCCGUGGCGGCCGAUUCCAGCUGGUCGCAUCUCCCCUGAGCUGGCACACAAAUGGCAGCUAGUCUCAAUUGUCACCCUCCUUGCUCUGUGCUAUACUACUCUGGGGGCUUGGCAGGAAACUGCCUUUUACCUCUUCUGCACCUGGCUGUACAAUGAGCGUGCUUGGGGUGACAAGAGCUGGUGGCAGCGCGCGCUAAUGAACGCCUGUGGUAUCACUACCAACCGUGUAGCAACCCUUCGGGUAGCUGUCACCGCCAUCCAAGCCAACUCUCAUGAGAACUUCGAGUUCACUAACAAGGGUUUGGGCUGGUUCCUCGUGUGCGCAUCCCUUGUCUUCACUACCAUCCAGGUUCAAGACUUGCGUGAUCAGGAGGGUGACAAGUUGAUCGACCGCCAGACCUUUCCUCUUAUUCUCGGCGAUGCACCUACACGCUGGAUCACAGCUGUAGCUGUUAUGAUCUGGUCACUGGUCUGUCCACUUUACUGGGGACUUGGGGUUGUCGGCUGUGCCGUACCCAUCUUGACUGGAGCUAUAGUUUCAGCUCAUAUGCUCAUCUGCCGCUCUCGUGAGCGGGACCAAACAAGCUUUCGACUGGUGGCGGCUUGGUGGGUAUCAUUGUACUUCCUCCCCAUGAUGAGUGCCCGUGGACUAUAG